UCCGGUGACCACGUACGGGUCCAGGUCGGCAGAAUGGAGGAGGUGCCUCACGACUGUCCGGGGACCGGCAGCGCCCAGGCGGGCCGAGGGGCGUCAUGUCAAGGGUGCCCCAACCAGCGGCUCUGCGCCUCUGGAGCCGGCGCCGCUCCAGACCCGGCCAUAGAGGAAAUCAAAGAGAAAAUGAAGACCGUGAAACACAAAAUCUUGGUGUUGUCUGGGAAAGGCGGCGUUGGGAAAAGCACAUUCAGCGCGCACCUCGCCCACGGCCUAGCGGAGGAUGAAAACACGCAGGUUGCUCUUCUAGACAUCGACAUAUGCGGGCCGUCGAUUCCCAAGAUAAUGGGAUUGGAAGGAGAGCAGGUUCACCAGAGUGGCUCGGGCUGGUCUCCAGUGUUCCUGGAAGACAACCUGGGGGUGAUGUCGGUGGGUUUCUUGCUCAGCAGUCCCGACGACGCCGUUAUCUGGAGGGGACCAAAGAAAAACGGCAUGAUCAAGCAGUUCCUUCGCGACGUGGACUGGGGGGAGGUCGACUACCUCAUCGUGGACACCCCGCCUGGGACGUCGGAUGAACACCUCUCGGUCGUCCAGUACCUGGCAGCGGCACGCAUCGAUGGGGCAGUGAUCAUCACCACUCCUCAGGAGGUGUCGCUCCAGGAUGUCCGGAAAGAAAUCAGCUUCUGCCGCAAGGUGAGGCUGCCCGUGCUCGGGGUGGUGGAGAACAUGAGCGGCUUCGUCUGCCCCAACUGUAAGAAAGAGUCUCAGAUCUUCCCGCCGACGACGGGGGGCGCGGAGGUCAUGUGCCAGGAUCUGCAGAUCCCUCUCCUGGGCAGAGUGCCUCUGGACCCACACAUAGGUAAGAGUUGCGACAAAGGACAGUCUUUUAUGAUUGACGCGCCGGAUUCACCAGCCACGUUAGCCUACAGAAGUAUAAUUCAAAAAAUCCAGGAGUUGUGUAGUCUCCAUCAGCCCAAAGAAGAGACCCUCACCAGUUCCUGAGACAGAACAGUAAGGAGGCAAGCCGCAUGUCCAGUCAGACCUGACCAGCUCGGGGACAGAGUGGGAGCCACAGGCAGAAAGGGACCAGACUCUGGCAUGUGUGAAGUCACUGUUUCACAGACACUUUAAUCAUCUAAUAUUCAUACACUUUUCUUUAGAACAUAUGUAAAGGGCAUUCUUUAGAAAUGUACCAUUUUAAAAAUAAAAAGGUUUCCUCAAACCUCUUGCCCUCUUCCUGUG